UCUUGGUAAUUUGGCUUACGGUGCACAUAAAAUUGUACUUUUGCGUCGUCUUUUAACUCUUUUAAUUGUAAUUUGUGCAUUGUGAUUUGUGAGCCUUACGAACAUUUCCAAACCACAUUUUUACUCUAAAACAAAUAGAAGAAUUUCAUGGAAUCUUAAUUUCUAUGGUUUAUGGUUUCCAUAGCAGAACAGGAGCAAACAAACCCUAUUUCUGCUUCUAAAACUAUAGGUUUAGCUAAAAUGAGCCAUAAGCAGAAGAUCAAGAACAAAUGGAGAAGGCUUUCAAGACAUUCAUCCACUUCUCCAGAUUCCCCAAUCAACACUUUGGAUGAUGGUUGUCUAAUGCACAUUUUCAGUUUUCUUUCUCCUAUUCCUGAUCGUUAUAACACGGCCCUCGUUUGCCACAGAUGGCGUUUCUUGGCAUGUCACCCACGCCUAUGGUUGCGAGUUGACCGGACUAUGAAGGAUGAUUCCGAACCUGGUGUAUUCCUCAGUAUUGAUGCUGCUGUCUCUGCUGCAAAGCCUGGUGAUACAAUCUUGAUUGCAGCUGGAGGAAUCCAUAUUACAUCUAAUAUUCAGAUUAAGAAGCCCCUUUGCCUGAUUGGUGGAGGUGAGCUUCCUGAAGAAACAACUCUUCUUUGUUCUCGGGGUUCUGACAGUGCACUGGAGUUACUUUCCACCUGUAAGAUCACGAAUCUGACUGUAAAGGCGGAGCUCGGUUGCUGCUUACUCCAUAGAAGUGGGAGGCUGAUAAUUGACAGUUGCAACCUGCAGUGUGAAACAAAUCCUCUGGAUUAUCUAUCAUUCCCAAUAGUGAGCACAGCCAACGGGCCAAAAAAUUCGCCAUCAUCCGUUUCCCUAUUGGCUCACGGAGACGGUGUUACUGUUUCUCGCACUCGUAUUGAAGGUGGUGCUAAGGCAGUUUUAACCAUUGGCACCUUGGUAUUGCAGCAUGUACGAGUCAUUUAUGGUCGUAGUUCUGUACUUUUCUGGUUUGAAGUCGAGCAUCAGUGAAAAUUCACUUCUUGUUCAUUAUGUAAAAAGUCUACGAGUUCAUUGUUAGCUUCUUGUAAUUCCGUUGUAUAUUAGCUUAUAGUUAGUAGUUCUUUUAAUAAUUACUAGGGCAUGCAUAAGCAUUAGUAAUUUAGUGAUAAGUGAUAAAAUUGUUUGUGUUGGAUUGGGAUUCAUUUUAAAUUUAAAUUGGGAUCAUGCCAUAAAAAAUACUCUCAUCUGGAUCUUAUAGGA